UGGCCGUUAUACCUUUCUUGUAAAGGACUAAAUGAAAUUUGGUUUUACUCAAAUCAGUUUUACCAACAAAAAUACAUCUGUAUGUAUAUUAUAUUAGUAUGUAUAGUUUUGUUUUAGGACUGAAGUACACAUAGUGCGGUAUUUAUAGUAUCGAGGAUAUAGAGAUGCGUUUGAGCAAACGAUUAUCCUACUUUGCUAUUUUAGGGAGUUUAAUGGUGUUUGGAAUUUCGUUUCUGAACAAAGCAAGGCUAUAUUCAACUUUGAAAAUAAAUUAUCCCUAUCAUCUUCAUAACAUAGAAGUGAAAAUGGAUACCUUCACUGGGGCCCAGGAUCUAACGCACAAACAAAUAGAGAUCUAUGAAAUUCCCUCAAGGAAAAACAUGUUUAAUUUUUCCAAUUCAUCAGGAAUAGUUUGUAUCACGUUUAUGGGAAGAUUGGGUAACUUGAUGCUGGAGUACGCGUUUCUGUAUGCAAUGGCUAAAUCAAAAGGACUAUAUCCGAUUAUUCCGGAGGAUUCUAAUCUCCCCAAAAUAUUUUCUAUCCACAACACAACAUUGUCUCGUAUUGGAUUACCAAAGGAUGCCUGUUUAAAACUUCCCUUUCACAAAGAACGUUGGGGUCUUUCCUUUGACGAACAUUUAUUCAAGAUUCCACGGUCCAAAAGGGAAAACUAUAGGUUUCACGGAUAUUUUCAGUCUUGGAAAUAUUGGAUUAAAUAUGAGAAAGAAAUUCGAAGUGUUUUUCAGUUUAAUGACGAAAUCAAAAGAAAAGCUGUCUCCCAAUUUCAGAAGAUUUUAAAAGAGAGAGAUUUUACACUAGACAAAGACGGCGUUGUCGUUAGUGUUCAUGUCAGACGAGAAGACUAUUUAUCGAAAGAAGUCGUGAACUACGGUAAACUCACGCCAGGUGCCACGUUUUAUUUUAACGCCAUGUCGUUUUUCAAGAAUAAGUUUAACAAGGUACUGUUUAUCGUGGGUUCCACGGACACUGAGUGGUGUAGGAAGACUUUUGACGGAGAACCAAAUACCCAUAUCUCUACUGGAAACUCGGCCGCCGAGGAUAUAGCGCUACUUAGUUUGGCCAACCACACGAUCAUGUCAGUGGGGACGUACGGCUGGUGGGUCGGAUGGAUGUCCGGGGGUAUCAGCAUAUACUACAAACACAUAUAUGUUCCUGGAAGUCCGUUUUCUAAGAAUUUCAUGAACAAUUCCAUAGACGAUUUCAUUUAUCCGGGAUGGAUUCCAAUGGACUAGCAUAACGUUUAGAUAAUUUUAUGAAAAAAACAGGAUUUGUUCAAUGAGAUUCAUAAACGGAAAAUAUAUAAUGCAUCGAUAGUCUGUCAAUAAUUCAAUAAAAUGGAAACAAUUUAUAGC